GGAAGAUCACACCGACAAGGGGCCUUGAGGAGCUUGAAAUAAAGCUGCAAGUGGCCAUGGCUUCCCACAACCCUAAUGAGAUCCAUGACAUCUCUGUGGUCACCUCUCAAACCCCCAUCAGUACUCCUCCCCACAAACACCUUCUCCCUCCCUUCCUUGCAAGAAAGGUGGUUUCUGAGAUGAUUGCCACUUUCUUACUGGUGUUUGUCACCUGUGGCGCUGCUGCCCUCAGCGGCAGCAACCCACGCCUGGUCUCCCAGCUCGGGGCCUCGGUCACCGGCGGACUGAUCGUAACCGUCAUGAUCUACGCCGUCGGACACAUCUCCGGCGCUCACAUGAACCCUGCCGUCACCUUGGCCUUCGCCGUCUCCAGGCAUUUCCCAUGGAUACAAGUUCCCUUCUACAUGGUCGCGCAAAUCUCCGGUGCGAUGAUUGCAUCCUUCGUCCUCCGAGAGUUGUUGCACCCGAUAACGAAUUUGGGGACGACAACGCCAAGCGAUACGGCAUCAAAGGCCUUGGUUAUGGAAAUUGUUGUGACCUUUUGUAUGAUGUUUGUGACUUCGGCGGUAGCAACCGAUACCAAAGCUAUUGGAGAGUUGGCCGGUUUAGCCGUCGGUUCUUCAGUGUGCAUAACAUCCAUUUUAGCUGGGCCGGUCUCAGGCGGUUCGAUGAACCCAGCACGGACGCUCGGACCAGCAGUGGCGAGCAGGAAGUACGACUCGAUUUGGGUUUACAUAAUUGGGCCGGUCUUGGGUACCUUAAUGGGCUCUAUGACCUAUAACUUCAUAAGGCUGAAUGAGAAGCCCAGCUCGGCCCAAAUCGACGGCAGCAGCUCGCACAAACACAGACUGCCCUCCUUGAAGCUUCGCAGGCUGCAGAGCCAGGAAAUGGCCAACAAUAAUUACUGCGAUAAUAUUUAAUCAUUUUGAAGGAAGGGAGGAAGAUUUUUACUACAACUAAAUAUAUUUUGUACCUCCCCAACGUUGUAAGCCACGCAGCAAUGUAACCUCUUCUUAUUAUUUUCCGAUGGAAAAAUAAAUAUUUUUCCCUCUAUUUAUAAACAACCUUAAUAUUUUAGUGUUUGA